CGCCACAGUGAACUUUCCAGACUGCAUCACAAGAUGGUGAGUAACACUGGUCCACAUAGUAAUCUUUCCUAGGAAGGGCCCAGAUCGUGCCAUUUGCACUGCUCACCUGUACAACUGUUACUUCCGUAAAACCUUCUCAGAGCACGCCCUACAGAGCGACCUCUCCUAGUAAUCGCACCAGCUCCUGUGCAACAGGUACAACACCUGUCCGUUUACCGCAAUCAUGGGUAACAAAGUAGUUCGACAGGACUUUGAAUGGGUCUAUACAGAUCAGCCCCAUACUGAGCGACGGAAAGAAAUAUUAGCUAAGUAUCCAGAAAUCAAGUCAUUGAUGGGCCCAGAUCCUCAUUUGAAAUGGAUUGUUUCUGCAAUGGUUUUUACACAGAUUCUUGCAUGUUACUUGGUGAAGGAUUUGUCCUGGAAAUGGAUUUUCUUUUGGGCUUAUGCAUUCGGAGGUUGCAUCAACCAUUCACUGACAUUAGCCAUUCAUGACAUUUCUCACAAUGUUGCGUUUGGUAAUAAACAGGCAAAGUGGAAUCGAUGGUUUGCAGUGUUUGCAAACUUACCCAUUGCAAUGCCAUAUUCUGCUUCCUUUAAGAAGUACCAUAUAGACCACCAUAGAUACUUGGGAGGUGACAGCUUGGAUGUGGAUAUUCCAACAUACUUUGAAGGCUGGUUCUUCUGUACACCAUGUUGCAAGGUCAUUUGGCUUUUUCUUCAGCCUUUGUUUUAUGUCUUACGGCCACUGUAUGUCAACCCUAAGUCCAUCACUCAAAUGGAAGUUCACAAUGCUUUGGUUCAGUUUGUAGCUGACUUUAUAAUAUACUAUCUUUGGGGUUUAAAACCUGUCAUAUAUCUACUGGCAGGUUCUAUACUUUGCAUGGGACUACAUCCUAUUUCUGGACAUUUUAUUGCUGAGCAUUAUAUGUUUAUAAAGGGCCAAGAGACAUAUUCCUACUACGGACCCCUCAACUGGAUUACAUUUAAUGUUGGUUAUCACAUGGAACAUCAUGAUUUCCCUAAUAUUCCUGGAAGCAAGCUGUAUUUGGUGAAGAAGAUCGCAGCUGAUUACUAUGAUAACCUACCUCAUCAUGACUCCUGGGUUCGAGUCCUCUGGGACUUUGUCUUUGAUCCUUCUAUUGGUCCCUAUUCCAGAGUUAAGAGAGAGUUCAAACUGGCUAAGGGGGACUAAAGGCUGCAAUAUGCAUUAAUAGACAUGCAGACAAUGUUUCAAAACCUAAAAUGUUAUUAUAUGUCAGUAAAUAAAUCUUGCAUUAGGGUGAACUCUAA